CACAAUUAUCUCAACUACUUCUAUAGUACCUUGUGAAGCAAUUCAUGGCUCAUUUGGUUUUCUUUGUUUUGCUGUUUGCUGGGCAACUGAUUGGUGGAUUCAGUACCCAAAGGUUGCCACCACCAAACAAUGGAAACAUUAUAACUGUUCUGAGCAUUGAUGGUGGUGGUAUCAGGGGGAUUCUUCCAGCAACAGUUCUUGAUUACUUAGACAAGGCUCUUAAGGCUAGGAAUCCAAAUACAGAUUUAGCACAUUAUUUUGAUGUGAUAGGAGGAACUAGCACUGGUGGACUCAUUACAGCUAUGUUAGCCACCCCAAGUCCUCAUGAUCCUAGUCGCGGUGCCUUUACUCCUGCACAAAUUGUAGACUUCUACAAACAAAAUGGCCCUCAUAUAUUCAAUGAAUCUAGGUAUAAUAAUAACACUGCUAUUCUCAGAACAUCAUCAAUAUUAACAAUUGACAGCAACAAAUGAUAACGUCAUUUCGUUUGUGUUU